GAAACUAACACAAAUUUUCCGUCUUUUUCAUUUCACGUACCGUAAAGAUUCUCUCCAUUUCUUCAACUAGAACAAAAUAGUCACACAUUUCACAAUCAAAACAUGGAACAACGAGCAGAAAUUGAUCGGCUACCCAUCGACUUAUUAGCUCAUAUUUUCCUGCUGAUCAAUUCUUUUACUGAUUUAGCUCAGGCAAGCAGUGUUUGCAGAAAAUGGAAGGAAGGAGUGAAACAGUCGUUAGGAAGAAGAUACAGUUUGAGCUUUGCAGGGUUGAAAAUGGAUGAUCAUUCUACUGUACGGAUUGUACGCUUUGCUUAUAGUCUCAGAGAACUUGACAUUUCGAGAAGUCGUUGGGGCUGCCAGAUAACAGACAAUGGACUAUAUGAAAUAUCUUUAUCAAAGUGCAUUGGCAACCUAACAUUCAUAUCCUUAUGGGGCAUGACUGGGAUCACUGAUAAAGGUGUUGUUCAAUUGAUGUCAAGAGCCAAUUCAUUGCAACACCUAAAUAUCGGUGGUACAUUCAUCAGUGACGACUCUUUAUACGCUAUUGCAGAUAGCUGCUCGCGCUUAAAGAGCAUUGGCUUGUGGAGCUGCCGUCAUGUAACAGAGAUCGGACUUCUUUAUCUUGUGAAUAAAUGCCGUAAACUGGAGUCUAUUAAUGCAUGGGGAACUAGACUCCCUCUAGACUGCUUUAUGGGUUUGCUUACUGUCAGUCCGGCUCUUCAAAUAAAGCACAGCGGAUUUCAGCUAAAUAUUGCAACUGUGUCUAUGUUGCCUGUUGCAUGAGAUGCCCAUCAGAUCAUUUAUCCGCCCAACACGCUCAUGCAUCAUAUCUCUGCACAGAUUGUUUCAUCUUUUUAAUUGUAUUACCAUUGUAAGUUGAGGUAAUUAAUAAACUACGCGUUCUGGCUUCCAAAUUCCAGCCCUGUUAAGCAGUCACAUAUCGGUGUGUGUCUUCAUGAAUCAUGUAUAGUAAUUGUUUCGCACUUGGCUCUGUAUAGUAACCGACUAUUGUACAGUUAAUGUUCUUUAUGUAUUAAGAUUUUCUGAUCUGAUCCCGACUCUGAUUGGGAUCGAGUUUGAAAAAAAUAAAUUCAUGUUAACGAAAA